GUUUUAUUAACUGACAUAUUUGAAGAUAUCUAUUUUUUUUACACUUUUUCUGGACUACUGCAGUAGAAUGAUGGAUGGAAGCAGCCUGGUCACCCAGACAAAGACUAAAUUCAGGAUGGACCCAUUCUGUGACAACUACAGAGUGGUGGGCAAGGAGCUGGGAAGGGGGAAGUUUGCCGUGGUCAAAAAAUGUGUAGAAUUACUGACCGGCAAAGAAUAUGCAGCAAAGUUCCUGAGAAAGCGCAGGAAGGGGGAAGAUUGCCGUAGUGAUAUUAUCAAUGAGAUUGCUGUAUUGGAAAUGGCCCGUUUCUCAACCUAUGUGGUGGAUCUCCAUGAGGUCUAUGAAACAAACAGUGAAAUCAUCCUUGUUAUGGAAUAUGCAGCCGGUGGGGAAAUCUUCAAUCAGUGUGUAGCAGACCAAGAUGAAGCUUUCACAGAAAAGGAUGUAAUUCGGCUCAUAAGCCAGAUUCUGCAAGGGGUUCUUUACCUUCACCGAAAUAACGUUGUCCACUUAGACUUAAAGCCACAGAAUAUCUUACUUACCAGCAGCAAUCCACUGGGUGAUAUUCGUAUAGUAGACUUUGGCCUCUCCAGGCAAGUGGAUAGCAUUAAGGAGGUCCGAGAGAUUUUGGGGACACCAGAAUAUGUAGCUCCAGAAGUGCUCAGCUAUGAACCAAUCAGUACAGCAACUGAUAUGUGGAGUAUUGGAGUUCUGACUUAUGUCAUGCUUACUGGAGUGUCACCAUUUUUGGGAGACAACAAGCAGGAGACAUUCCUCAAUAUCUCACAAGUGGCCAUUGAGUACCUUCAGGAGGAGUUUGAGGGGAUCUCUGAACAAGCGAUUGACUUCAUUAGGUCUCUUCUAAUAAAGAACCCGAGAAAGAGAUCUCGGGCUGACCAGUGUCUUAAACACGCAUGGCUGACCUCAUGUCAAGAGCCAGACUCACAAAAGGACACAACUUUUGAACCAAAGGAAAGUCAAGUGGAAACCACUUUUGAACCAAAGGAAAGUCAAGUGGAGACAACAGAGAACAUUAUGCUGUUGGCCUCAUACACUGUGCACUGUCCAUGCAGAGAAACCAUAGAGACUGACCUGAAAAGUGUGAGGAACCAGUUUACAGCUCUGAAGGAAAUUCAUCCGGAGGUUGUGUGUUAACAGAGCAGUUGCACUCCAAAAGCGGAACUUAUCUUUCCAGGUCAAGUUUGGAGCACCACAUGCAGCGAUCUUCUGCCUUGCCAUGAAUGAAACGGGUACCUUCAAAAAAUAAGGCUCACUUUCCUAUCUAAUUUUUAAAAUGUAGACCUGACUCUUCUCUUUCUGUGGCCUUGUUACCUGUGGAAAUACUUUAUCAUAGAGCUGUCAAUAUAUAUGGUGUAGUCUUUGCGCAUUGACCAUGC